AUGGCGACCAUGGUGUGGUUUCAGUGCGUGUUUGCAGCCAUUACAGUGAUAUUGCUGGUGGGGUCGAUGCUUGGGAGGAUGAACUUCAAGGCGUGGAUGAUGUUCGUGCCGCUUUGGCUUACAUUUUCAUACACUGUCGGAGCGUUCAGCUUGUGGGGUGGAGGGUUCUUGUUCCAUUGGGGUGUCAUGGACUAUUCCGGUGGUUACUAG